CUCACAGUUCCAGUUUCCAAACCCAAGAAUCUACGUUCGGUCCACACAAACAUCAAAGACGGCGAUGUUACAAACAUUUCUGGUAUUGACCCUGGUGGGCUUCAGUGUAAGUGCCCCUCCGGUGGAUUCUGCAGCAUAUGACCCUGAGAAUUAUGAUGUGGACUCGGAUACGUGGGACCUGAAUACAUAUGGAGAGACAUAUGAUUAUGAUGAUCUGGAUGAGGAGAUUGUGGUUGGGACGCUGGCUCCUCCUGUCACUCAACCACCUGCUAUAGUUCCUCACCCGGACUAUGUGGAGGAAUUGACUCUGCCACCCCGUCCAACAAAAUCACCUGCCCCUUCCACCCUGGACUUCCGUGCACCGGGACUGUUUGGUCCUGACACAGGCUUAGGACUGCCCACUUGCCUGCUGUGUGUGUGUGUCAGAGGCAGCGUGUACUGCGAUGAUUUGGAGUUGACUCAGAUUCCUCCUCUUCCUAAAGACACCACACACUUCUAUGCUCGCUUCAACAAGAUCACUGAAGUCAAGGCUAAAGAUUUCAUCAAUCUCAAUCAGCUGCAGAGGAUUGACCUGAGUGGAAACCAGAUUAGUAGAGUGGAUGAGGAUGCUUUCCGUUCACUGUCUCAACUCCAGGAUCUUAUUUGGGCUGACAAUAACAUCCAGGCCCUGCCAGAACUCCCAGCCAGACUGAAACAAAUCGAUGUCCGGAAUAACCAGCUGAGGAGUGCCGGCAUGCAUGCUGAGGCUUUUAAGGAAAUGAAAGAACUGCAGUUUCUGUAUCUCUCCAAUAACAAGUUAAACUACAUUCCUGUACCCCUGCCUGAUACCCUAAGAGUACUUCACCUGCAGAACAACAAUAUCCAGAGCAUAAGCCAAGACACUUUUUGUAACAGUCAUGAUAUGAGCUACAUACGGAAAGCCCUGGAAGAUAUCAGGCUCGAUGGAAACCCUGUGGACAUCAAUCUCUAUGCACAAGCUUUUUAUUGCUUACCGCGUCUACCUGUUGGCACUCCAGUUUAGCAGAAAAUGUCUCAUACUUUUUUCUAGUUUGUGUGUGUGUAUUAUCUGUCAUCUUUGAACAGAGUAUUUGAAUUAUCUUAGGUACAUUUCUAAAAAUCUCACUAGACAAGAUCAGUCAUGACACAGGAAGUCAGAGCAAGAAUAUAAAGUGAAACGCUUGUUCCCUUUUUCACCACAAAGUGGCGCCCUUUUCCACUUUCUGCUGUUUUGGGGCAACGAUUUGUGCAUUUCUAAAGCCCUUCUUCACCUGUUAAGAGAUUUCAUUUAAUCUCAUAGUGAUUCUCACUCUUUGAGAUCAUCCAGCUCUUUAUUAAUGACAUUAUGCUUGAAUCUCUCAGUGGCUGUUUUUCAUUCAGAAGUUUGUCAGGAAGUAUACAGUUACAUCUAUUUUUAAAUCAGUUUCUUCAUGUCUACAGGUUACUUAGCAACUGUCAAAUAUUUAUAGUUUGACAUUUACCCUUGCACACGGUGUGAUACCCCUAGAUGAUUUGCACUGGAAGUUAAGCACCUGUAAAGUCGCCAACAAAUUUAAUCCCAA